AGGAGAAGGCGGGACGUGAGGUGAGACGAGUUAGGUUGCGCGGUGAGGGAAGCUCGAGCGCUGUUGUCCAGCUGAGUGCGGCCGAGUCCGGGCAGGGCGGGAGCGCCUCAACUUCGCCGGCCGCGACAUGUCGAUCCAGUACGGCGACGAGGAGCAGCUGACCGGCAGCUACGGCGGGGUGGACUCGUUCCCCAAGGACUUCGGCUAUGGGGUGGAGGAAGCCGACAUGGAAGGGAACGAGUCGCAGUCAGACAGCAAGCCCCGCAUCCUGCUGAUGGGCCUCAGGCGGAGCGGCAAGUCGUCCAUCCAGAAGGUGGUCUUCCACAAGAUGUCACCCAACGAGACGCUCUUCCUGGAGAGCACCAACAAGAUCUAUAAGGACGACAUCUCCAACAGCUCCUUCGUCAACUUCCAGAUCUGGGAUUUCCCCGGCCAGGUGGACUUCUUCGACCCCACCUUUGACUAUGAGAUGAUCUUCAGGGGCACUGGAGCGCUCAUCUUCGUGAUAGACGCGCAGGAUGAUUACAUGGAAGCUCUAGCAAGACUUCACCUGACAGUAUCCAGAGCGUACAAAGUCAAUCCUGAAAUUAAUUUUGAAGUAUUCAUCCACAAAGUAGAUGGUUUGUCAGAUGAUCACAAGAUAGAAACCCAAAGAGACAUUCACCAGCGGGCCAAUGAUGACCUUGCUGAUGCUGGUUUAGAGAAACUCCAUCUAAGCUUUUACUUAACCAGCAUCUAUGAUCAUUCAAUAUUUGAAGCAUUUAGUAAAGUAGUACAAAAACUUAUCCCACAGCUACCAACACUGGAAAAUCUACUUAACAUCUUUAUAUCGAAUUCAGGAAUUGAAAAAGCCUUUCUUUUUGAUGUAGUCAGUAAAAUCUAUAUUGCCACAGACAGUUCACCUGUAGAUAUGCAGUCAUAUGAGCUAUGCUGUGAUAUGAUAGAUGUGGUUAUUGAUGUCUCCUGCAUUUAUGGACUUAAAGAAGAUGGCACUGGAAGUGCAUAUGACAAAGAAUCUAUGGCAAUUAUCAAACUCAACAACACGACAGUUCUCUACCUUAAAGAAGUGACGAGGUUUCUUGCUCUUGUAUGCAUUCUAAGAGAAGAAAGCUUUGAGAGGAAAGGUUUGAUAGACUACAAUUUCCAUUGUUUCCGUAAAGCCAUCCAUGAGGUAUUUGAGGUUGGAGUAAGUGCUCAUCGACCAAGCAGCCACCAAGUGAAUAUGCAGAACAUGAAGACAGUAACUCACAAUGGCACACCUAGAGCUGCUGUGUAGCCCAACCAAAGGAUGACUGUGCCAAUCUUCCUGUGAUCCAUGUUUGCUGACACAGCAGUAAACUGAAAUGAAGCAGAGCAUAUCAGGACUUGCAUUAAGGACUAGCGGUGCCCUCUCUUGAUGAGAAGAACAUUGUGUACUGAACUUUUGUGGAUUAACGCUAAGCAAUUCUGUAAGCUGUAUCUGUACACUGGGAGGUCUAGCUGUGUCAGUACAAUGGUGGCUUUGCAACGUACCAAACCCACUAUCAUGCCAGAAUAUUAUUUCCAUUGGAUUAGCCUUUUGAUCUGAUUUGUACUAUUGUACAGAUAGAAUUAGAUAACAUCCUUCUCAUGGCCUAAAUAUUUCUAUAAUUCUUGAAUUAUUGUUAUAAAUGCUCCUCCCUCUAUUCCAACCCUCCCACAACUUAUUUUCUCCCAUUGCCCCCUAUCUGAAGGCUUUGGUUUGUGGACCCAAGGUGAAAGUUAAAAUAAUUGGAAGUAGCAGCACAUGUACUACUACAAUGUUAAUACAACCACAAUCACCUGACCUUUUGUGAAAAGACCAAUUAUAGUUUUGUGAGGGGUUUAUACAAGGUCACAAGAGGAUACUGUCUGCAUUGUUUACUGUUCAGAGUGAUUCUAAAUGUGUGCGUGAGUGCUGGCACUAAUAUCAUUUCUUCAGUGCAUUGCAGAUUGCAGUUUCUUCCCUCCCCCCAUUUCACUUGAAUAUCACUUUCACUGCAAAUGCCAAAAAAUGCACAAUAUAAAUAUAGAGAAAUUUGGAUUUAAUUAAAAUGAAUGGAGGCUUGAGUGAAGUAAAAUGGAAAUACUGAACCUGCUGUGUGGUUUUGUGUAGUAAUUGUCAGCAUUCUGCAAAUUGUAUUGCAGCUGCCCUGAUUUUGUGUAGGAAACUUGUCACAUGCUUAUUUAAUUUUGAUCCAGUUCUUUUUAUGCGUGGUGCAGAACCUUUGCAUACAUACCAAUGUGAAUUGAGUGUGAACCCUAUCUUUGUUUUAUUGAAUAAUGUUUCAUUCAAAAUGCUGCCAAUAAUGACCACAUGCAUUGGUGGUCAUUAAUGGAUUUCUUCAUUGAUUAAUAAGACAAAGCGAAUUGAGAUAUUGUUUUAAUAAAAGGAAACCACUCUGGCAUGAAAAUAUGGCCAAUUGGCCAGUCAAGUAAUACAGGUGAAAGAGGGAGAUAUUGCAAUUAAGUAAUAACCAGCAUGUGUUUUAAUGAUACGACUAUACAACCGACUUUUACAACAAUAUUGCAUAUAUUGCAAAUCCCCUUGUUAUUACUACUUCUGUGUUUCACGCUUCCUAAAAAUGCCACUGUAUGUAUGCAUUAACAGUGUGAAUAGACUGAUACUGACAUGCUGCAGGUAAUUCUUGAGUGUACUGUGAUGGUGACUUGCUUCAGUAUUCACUUAAACUCUCCAUAUUCCUCAUCUGGUAACGUAAAGCCUUUAUAUUUAUAGCUUUCUUUCACACAACUGUUUUAAACGGGCUGUUAAUAAAUCUGUAACUGGCAUUAUGUGUUUUGUACUCUUCAUAGAAUUCUGAAUCUUUGUGGUACUAUUCUAACAUUUUAAGUGAAUGAGAUGCAAGAAUCUGUACAACUAAGUUUAUUUCAUUUAACAAGGGUCCUCAAAUGAGUUGGUAUACAAGCUGUUGUAAAUUUAGGCAGAUGCUGGACACAAAUUGCUGGAGUAACUCAGCGGGUCAAGCAACAUCUCUGGAGAAAAGAAAUAGGUGAUUUUUCAGGUCGGAACCAUUCCUCAGACUGGUUUUAGCAGUAUGGGGAAGGGUUCCAACCCAGAUCGGCACCUAUUCCUUUUCUCCAGAUAUCGUACCUGACCUGCUGAGUUACUCCAGCAUUUUGUGUAUCUUUGGUAUAAACAGCAUCUGUAGUUCCUUUCUAUAAAUUUGGGCAGUUGUGUGUGUGAAAUUUCCAGAUCUUAAACUGGGUUACAUUCCCAUGAUCAAAACUGCUUACUCCUAUAUGCUAAAUAGAAUCAGUCAGAUUGACCAAUUUAUAUUAAAAUAUUUUACAAUUGAAGCUACACAUGAAGUAGAACAGAACAGGUAUAAAUUUGAUUGCUAGUAUCUCAAUGGUAAUCAAAUGCAUGAGAAACUGUUUAAAAGUUUGAUGAAAAGCUAAUACUGAAGCAGUUUGGAGAGUGCAGCUUUGUAUGUUUUGCUCUACCCCAUACAGUAUACCUAGAAGUGCUAGGUAUUCAAGCACUUCAAAAGUCUUCAGGUUAAUCUAAAGUAGUUUCAUUUCCAUUGUGAUUUGAUCUAGUAAUGGUUGGAUGGAUUACCUGUCGGUAUUUUCCUGCAGGAGGGGUAAAUUCAUUGGGAGGUGCGUUCAACCCUAACUGUUGAAGCACACCCAGAGUCUGAUGGCUUGUGGACGAGUCCUUGAUAUUGGUCACUUGCUUUCCUUGCUCAAAGGUGAUGAGUAAAAACGGGGACCUAGAGAUGGAAGAUUUUUUAACUGCUUCUGUGUUAAUAUCCUGUACCAAAAUGGAGCCUGCUUGCCAGCUAUCAGCUUCUUUAAAAUACCCUGUUUUAAUCUUUCACCAAGCUGAUUGUUUAUUGCAAAGCUGCUGUUAUGGCCGUUGUAAUUUUUUUCCAAGGUUCAUUAUUGUGUAAUGAGAGACGAUAUAUACACAUGGCCUACUGAAUCCUUGUAUUGCCUACAAAAAGGGAGUUGAACAUUCUGAUGUCAGAAUGUGUGCUAGAAUAAAUCUGUAAUUUUUCAUCA